AACGUCAAAACUUUUAUUUCCAUAUCGCGAUCCGUUCUUCGGAAUUCUAACUGUGAAAAAACUAGUAAUAAUUGAAUUAGCCGAAAUUUGCAAUUGAUUGUGAGCUUUAUCCACCAAGGGCACCGAUUACCGGAUGGGCCGUAAGUGAUAAGCUUGUCAAGCGGCGAUAGCAAGGUCGUGCGGAAUGCUGUGAAAGCAAGAGUAUUAUGCUGUUUUGAUUGGCUUCUUCCCCUUCACUGCUGGUGUUUGGCUGGGGCCGUGUUUUGAACGACGAAAGCGACGACGACGGCUGCUGAUGGUAAUGACGUGUUGUUUCUCGGUUGAGCACUAUCGAAAGCAGCAACAGCAACAACAGAGCCAAAGACGACGACGACGAAUGAAAAUAGCGGUUCCUUAUGAAUACACUAACACAAGCCUGGGAGCAGCAAACAGUCGAAGAUUGCAGCAGCAGCAGCAACAACUCUACGAAGAAGCUGAAAGCGGACGAAAAGCAACGGAGCAGUCGCCGCCGGAUCAGUUCCAGUCUCGCACCGUGGGCAAAACAGGCGACUGUCGACGAGGCUACAACUUCCAUCAAUCCUCCGGGCCAGCACCAGCAAGAAUCGUCCUCGAGCAAUGCAGAAGGAGUGGAGCAAUCAAGCCCAUCGUCGCUGUUGACGAGACUUGCUGAUGCUGAUGAUGACGACAGCAAGAAGCAAAACAAUGUGAAAGACGACGUGGAACAAGAGCUACAAUCGUCGAGUGAUCUUGUGGUAAAGUAUCACUACACGGGGGACGAAUCCAGUGAUAACGGUAGUAACAAUCGAGGCAGAAGGUAUAGCCGAAUCAGCAUGAUUAUUAUCUACGGUCGGGAGGCGUUGUGCAUUCUGGCACUCUUACUGACGACAUAUGCGUCCAUUCAAAACAGUCCUCCCCGAAUAUCGAAAGCACCACCGCCGGCACCGUUCUUCUCGAAAGGGUCUCUAGUGCACGAUUGGCCCACGGGAGCUCUGGGACCCACUCAGACACGCGUCUCGCAGUCGGAGCUAUCAUUUGUGUUCUACUAUGCACCGUGGUGCGCCGAAAGCCAACAUGCCCGCUCGGUUUACGAACAUGUCGCGCGGCUCUACUACCGGGAGGCUCACUUUGCCGCCAUCAACUGUUGGCAGCCGGGAGGCGAGUGCCGGCUGCAGUACUCCAAAGUGCAAUCCUGGCCGGUUCUGAUGGCAUAUCAGCCGAACGGGAUGGCCGUCCAGUUUCACCAGGCGUGGACCAAUGCGGCGCUGUCCAGGUUUGUGCAAUCGCUGAUUAAUCCCAUCCAGCGGAUGGUUGGUCCCGGCGAUUUGAUGAGCUUCAUGACUGGAAAGGAUGCGGUGGUCGUCGCAUUUAUCGAUGUGAAUGUCAAUCGUAAGCAAUACAAUCGGUUCUAUCAAACGUCGCUCAAGUGGCUGGAGAAGGAUCCCUUCCAGGAGGUGGCAUUCGGCGCUGUAACGGGCGAGUCUUCCAGUGCAUUUGGGGUUGAAGAGGUUCCGGCCAUUCGGCUGUAUCUGUGGAACGAGACAAUUGAAUUCCCUGGGAACGAUUCGUGGACUAUGCCGGAGCUCACCACCUGGAUCAACAAACAAAUCCAAGUGGUGUCGAUGUGGAUCGCUCCCCCGGGGGCAACCAAGUCCUCUUCCCUGGCGCCAUACUUCAACCAAGGGCCGGUGUUGUUCUUCUUUACACCGCGGUCCCUGUACGGGUCGUCUUCGGAUGCCUACAUGAUGCUUCGGCAGCUCGGCAUGCAGUACUACAACUGUCGAAACGACAUCUGGGUGCAGGAGAUGGCAAAAAAGUACAUUGCCGAGCAGAGGCGUGUCAGUGCCGACGUCUACAGUCAGUUGAGCAAGGAGUGUGAGUUGAUGCUGAAGCGUCACCCUUCGCAGGAAGAUGAAAAUCGAAGCGGAGCGGAGGGUGAUUGCAGGGCUUCCAGUAAAUCUGCGAUUGCAGUUUCGUUUGUGAAUGUGUUGAAUUCGUCUAAGUUUGGUGAAGCGCGGAAGAAGAGCGAUGGGUUCUGUGACAUUGAGCAGGUCAAGUGCGACGAGCGAUUCUAUGAAUGUGGAGAUAUCGAAGAAUCGAUGGAACUGGGAGCGAGUGAAAGUUGUGGGAAAAGGAAACGAAGUCAUUUGUAUGGGUCGAUGAAGCAUGAUGGUCGGGAAGGGAAACCGGCGACUUCUAUGCUGGAUUCGGAUCAGGACUAUCGUGGGCCUAAGCUACUGAAGAGACUAAGUUUGAGAAGACAGUGCGAACUGCUGCGGUUGAGUGAAGAGGAUAACAGUGAAGUCUUCUUUCAAGAGCCCACAGGGCCGGAAAAUGUGUAUGUGGAUUUGGUAAAAGGAAUGUCCUGUAAGUUCAACAAGACGUUGACUUUCUUGGGAAUGGACAGCGAUCUGUAUCAUGCAUUUGCCGAACGACUUGGCGUGGAUGUGCUGCACGAACCCAACAAGUCCAUCGCUAUCAUUGUUGACCCGGAGGACGAAUCUACCUAUCUCCUAAGAAAGCAAGUUAAUUUAUCCAGUAUGGCGAAGCUGGUUCACGACUUCUACAACGGCACCUAUCCGCGGUUUCUGCGGUCGAACAAUGUUUCGUUCAAAACUACUCAUUCGUUCAAUAUGAGCGAGUUCCGGAAGGAACACCGCAGGAUGAUUGAUGUUAAACGAUCGGAAAUGGUCACUAAGCUGCAGAAAGGUGGCGGCGAGAAGCAGAACGCUUCUCGAAAUGAAAUUAAAACGGAACGGAAACCGCCGGAAGAGGCGAGACCAACCGGCGAGCCUCAAGUGCAGCACCACAGGCAUCAUUUCGUGCGGGAGAUCAAUUCUCACAAUUUCAAUCACGUGGUGGUUAAUUGCAAUAAGACUGUCGUCGUUCAUUUCUACUCUGCUCAAUGUGCCUUCUGCAGUGUGCUCUCGCAGCAUCUGCUCAUCAUCUCGAAGAUGCUCCAGCAGCAACCACUGCUAGAGUUUGUCCGCAUCGAUGGUGACAGGAACGACCUCCGGUGGGAGUACACUAUGGAUUCAUUUCCAACUUUGAUCAUAUUCCCCAACCAGAGAAAAUCCGAGAGUCGUGUAUUCUCCCGCAGUCUCCCGAUAACCGUCCCCAACGUGCUCGGGUUUAUUCUUUCCAAUUUGAACCCACCCGAAAGGCUAUAUGCCACCACUCUGAUAUGCAACGACAUGAAGCCGAACUCGCCAUCGCGUGACGAUUGCUUGGGGGCAAUGAAGCGGGAGCUGAGCGAUAACAUCUCGCUCAACCUACGCCUCUACCGGUUGGCCUCUAAACGUCCGACCUGGGCCGCCCGCAUCCUGCGUCGUCUGCAAGCCCUGCAGGAGUUCUAUCUGGCCACGCUCCGUUGUCUUAGUCAUUCCUGUGAUUUUAACCAGUUGAAGAGCAGUGCUAAAAACAUCCACACCAUGUGGCAAAUUGCAACGUGAGAACGAUAGUGCAUUUAGCAAACUAUUAUGUUCCCCACCACCUUACUCUACUUUCCACAAGGAUAUUACCUAUUUGUUUUUACUUAAUCUUUUCGCCAAAGGCUUUAAAAUCGUUUUACACAGGAAUGUGUGUUAUCUUUUUUUUUUACUUGUUGUUAAUCCUGCUGGGUUCCUUUUCCGACUUUCCUUAUUUUGGAGAAAAUAUUCUGAAAUUACCCAUUGAACUGAAUUGAAAUUCUCAGCUCAGAGAGGAAGCAUUAUGUAGCCAAAUGAAAUGAUGAGAAAAAAAAAGCGUCAACAAAUGUCAGAGAGAUCUCGUUGUAGAUAUUUUUUUAACUCGCCUGUGAGCUAAUUAUUGCAAACAACAACAUAAAACUACGGUCUAGAUUUUAGGCAACUAUAAAAGUGAAAGCUGAAAACUCCUAGAAUUAACAGAAAAAGUAACGAGAG